AUGAAGGCCGCCAGGUAUUACGCCCCGGGCGAUAUUCGUAUCGAGGAUAUCCCCAUCCCUUCAUUAAAGGACGGCCAAGUGAAGAUUAGGAUUGCCUGGAACGGAAUUUGUGGCAGCGACAUACAUGCCUAUCUUGCAGGUUUGCCCAAGUUUCCGACCUUGACCACACCAGGACCAUUGAGCGGGGAAACGCUCCCCGUCACCCUUGGACACGAGUUCUCUGGGAUUAUUGUGGAAUUGGGAGCCGGCACGGAUGGUAGGUUUGCUGUAGGGCAAAAUGUCUGCGUAGAGCCCAUUAUGGCGUGUCGAAGGGAGGGUUCAUGUUGGCCUUGUCAUGAGGGCUUCCAUAAUCUAUGCCCCCUCGUCAACUCUAUUGGAAUUGGGGGUUGGGGUGGCGGCUUGUCAGAAAUUGUAUCUGUAGACCAAAAUGCAGUUCAUAUCUUACCCGAAGGGAUAUCCCUUGAAGUUGGUGCCUGCUUAGAACCACUAGCCGUGGCAUGGCACGCUGUGAAGAGAUCGGGAUACAAGGUGGGGGAUACAGCGUUGAUUCUUGGUGCAGGACCUAUCGGCCUCUUCCUUUUGAAGGUCCUGAGGGCCAUAGACCCCAACUCGAUCAUCGUUGUCUCUGAACCUGCUGCCUUGAGACUGGAGGUCGCCUCACAGCACGGCGCUACCAUUACUGCAAAUCCUCUCGAAAGUGACAUACCCUCGAUAAUCACGAAGGCGACGAACGGGAAGGGCAUUGACCAUGCGUUCGACGCGGCUGGUGUCCAGAGUGGCAUUGAUCUCAGUUUGAGAUGUGUGCGCCCGAGAGGCUCAGUGAUGCUUGUCGCUCUUUGGGAGGCUUCACCCAAGAUAGACCUGAAUUUAGUGCUCCGUAGAGAGAUCAACGUCACAGGGUCUAUCUGCUACGACCGUGUCCAUGGGGAAGUCCUUGAAGCCCUCAAAGACGGUAGAAUAUCGGGCAUUGAUAGUUUGAUUACUAGUCGAAUAGCUUUAGACGACGUGGUGGAGCAGGGGAUCAAGGCAUUGAUUCAGGAAAAGGAUAAACAAGUUAAGAUAUUGGUACAUCCUUGA